AUGAAGGCUGCCAUCUUUGCUCUAACUGCCAGCCUGGCCGCAUUUGCCCGCGCUGACAGCUGCUCGGCCCUGACCGACGAGCAUGGCCAUGCCCGGGCGCCCAAGACGAGGACGGUCUACGUCGACUACACUCCGUCGACGUCUUCUGUCCAGGUGCCCUCCACGUCUGCCGUGUCGCCGGCCGAGACCAAGACGGCUGCUGCCGUUUCCGCGGCAGUGACGACCGCCUCCGUGUCUGUGGCUGCGCCCUCGACCAUGAAGACGGUUGUGCUUUCCAGCUCUACGUCCGCGCCCGUCGUGGUCGUUGUGCCUACCACCAGCUCCACCUCGACUCCUGCUGCCGUGCCUACUACCUCUUCCUCUACCUCUGCAGCGGCGCACGCUGCUGCUACUGCUGCGUCGUCUUCGUCCAAGAGCACCGCCUCCACCGACAGCUCCAGUGUGUCCAUCGUGGGCGAGGCGACGUUCUACGGCGGCAACGUCGUGGGCGGCGCCUGCUCCCUCUCGGCCUACACGCUGCCGUCGUCCCUCUUCGGCACGGCCUACUCCGGCGCGGUGUGGGACAACGCGGCCAACUGUGGCCGCUGUGUCCAGGUGACGGGCCCGAGCGGCAGCUCGAUCAAGGCCAUGAUCGUCGAUGAGUGCCCCGAGUGCGCCGAGGGCCACCUGGACCUCUUCCAGAACGCCUUUGCUGAGCUGGCCGACAUCUCCAAGGGCGUCAUCUCGACGUCGUACUCGUUUGUCGAGUGCGGCAUCAGCUCGCCCAUUGUGCUGCACAGCAAGUCCGGCACGUCGGCCUACUGGUUCUCGAUGCAGGUCAUCAACGCCAACGAGGGCGUGGCCAAGUUCGAGGUCAGCACCGACGGCGGCUCCACGUGGCAGUCGACCACCCGGUCGGACUACAACUUUUUCGAGAAUGCCAGCGGGUUUGGCACCAGCACCGUCGACGUGCGCAUCACCAGCACGUCGGGCACCACCAUCGAGGUGUCCAGCGUCAGCGUCGCAUCCGACUCGCAGACCACGGCGAGCUCCAACUUUGCAUAA